UUCACAAUUGAAUCAAACGAUUUUGACAUUUUUCAAGAUAAUUUAAUUAAACAUAUUCAAGAUCAUAUUGAUAAUAACGAUUUCAAUAAAAAUAAUAUUGAAGUCACUUAUAAAAUUAAUGGCUGUGGGCAAGCAAUGGCUUUAGAUGACAAAGAUGAUUAUAAUGUAUUUAUUAGUGAAUAUCAAAAAUUAGAAAUCAA